AUGGAAGUUUGGGGCAUGGACACAAUUUCCAAUGGAUGUUUGGACAAGGGUGAGGCGAGGGAUCGAGGCGGCAAUUCUUCCCCACCACACCGGUCGAAGCGAGAGGGUCAGCAUCGCGACCACCACCGCAGGUCGUCAAGGCACGACGAUCGGGAGGGUUCUCGUGAACGAGAAAGGAAGCGAGAGCGAUCAGUUGGAUUGAGGGGGAAUGAUCGAGAAGGCAGCAGGGAGAGAUUUGAUCGGUCUCACGACCGUCGAAGGCGAGAGCUUUCUAGCAAUGAUGCUUGGGGAAUUGUUGUUACGGGUGUCCCAGACGAGAAAAUCAAAUAUCAAGAUUCUAAUGGCUUUAAUUCAAGCUUAGGUGGAGUGAUGCAGAUGUGA